UUAAUCAAUAUUUUCACCUCCCCCCUUUUUUACAGGCCAGGAACAUGUCCCUACCUCCAAAUCAAAGCACAGCAUCUAGUACCGUUAUGUAAGGCAACCGCAGAGGUCGCACUCCCUUGAAAAAAAGCGAUCCUCAUUCAUAGUCGUAGAUGCAUCGGUGAGCGACAUGGAAGGAACACCAGAUGCUGGGUCAAAGGUUAAAGAUGAGAGGUCAGAUGAAGAUGACAUCACUGUAGUUGAAGAUGAGGAUGAGGGCAGGGAGAAAGAAGCAGGAGGUUCGAGCGACGCUGCUUCGACUAAAAACAAGGAUUCCGUAGACCAGGAGGGUGGCCAAUCAGCUGAUUCCAGGUCGAAUGUCUUUGAUUACGGCAUACAGGGUGUGUUAGAUGAUGAGAUGUCACCGCUAGAAUCCAGACAAGAUUCUCACAGCACCAAUGUUGAUUCUGACGUGUCUGGUUUCCAGACCUCUUUGGAUCAGGGCUUGGACCAAGGUGGCUGGUCCUGGAACAAGGAGUCAGAGAUCAUCCAACCAUAUAUGAGCAACGGCCUCAGGGAAGUGUAUUUUGAGUGUGAAAUCUGUCACAAAAAGCUGUCGUGCAAGUCUAACUUGGGUCGCCAUAUCAAGGAGCAGCACAGUACCAUUAAGCGCACCUACUCCUGCCUCCAGUGCCUGGCAGAGUUCAGGCGGAGGUGUGAUCUCAAGGUGCACUACGCCAAGCGCCAUCCGGACGAGAUCUAUGAGACCGAAUCCAUCAAUUACCAGGUCUCGAGAUGCGAAACGGACUUCUCCAGAGGUGCUUUGUACCUUGGAGAUCAGCAGACGUCCGCUGAGUUGCCGGAAGUGUUAGAAGUGCAAAGACAGGUUCCGCAGAACUCGCAUUCUGCAAUCCCUGUCAGGACCUCGGGUAUCGAUCCAUUCGAUCAUCAUGCUCCCGUGACCGGUCAAGACAGGGUCACAACUCGUCUGUACAGACAGGGAAUAGCUGCACCUAACUCAGAAACUGACUUCCUUUACCAGGCACCAAGAAGUCAAGUCAGCUUGGAGAGUGGGGCAAUCCAAAGAACAUUCAACCCUGCUGUGAUAGGAAUAGGCAAUGAUGAAUCUCGACAGAGAGGGCGCGCAACUCUUAGCCAGAGGAACCAUGACUAUCCCAGUUGCAGGAGUCUGAUGAAGCAGGUGGCUGAUAAAAGGGAUGCCGGUGGAACAUCGUCCAGACAAGUAGGAGGCAAAGACUUAGAGAGCAAUGCAGGACAAGGGCAUGUGCCACAUGGUAAAAGACAUUGCCCUGACUCCCUUCAGAGUGCUGCCUCAGGGGAUGCGAAUGUCCAGAUUAUUAAUGUCGUUGGUAAUGUUGACCUAGAGGGUGGGCGUAAUCAUGAUGGAGGCAAUACCAAUGAGAGUAAAAGGAAUAACACUGAUAAGGGAGCACAGCUACCGUCACUAGAGAGCAGAAAGAAGAGUGGUCUUUCACGUGAUACAUCAAAAUAUGCUGAACUUGACAAUCGAACUAGAAGUUCAAAUAAGAAAGAGCAGGGUAAACAUAAUGCGUCUCUGAGGGUUGAGGGCGCUGUUGAUCAGGGUUCAAGCAAAGGUUCAUCUGAUUUAAGAAGUGGAAGUCGGUGUGAUGCGUCUAUGUCUACUCAAAAUCGAAAUAGAAGAUUCACUGUAACAGAACAAGAUGAUGCCAUCUCUAUGCAGAGGCAAACACAUGGCAAGAGAACCAAGAGAAGUGGAGACCAAGUUGUUGAUGAACGGCACAACAGGAAGUUAACAAGUCCAUUGUCAAAGUCAAGAAGCCUCGUAAAUAAGAAGAGAAAAUUAUACAUCAAGUGUAAAAGAUUUGCAGCUGCUUAUGAGAACAAAAUGCAGAAUGCAUCAGUAAAGGGAUGUACGUUGAAUAAGAAGCCUGUGGCCAUGCCGAAAUUGUUAUUGGCGCAAAGAGCAAAUGCUCCAGUUCUUGGAGGUCCCGCUGCAGAUCUGUCUCGAAGCAAUCAGCAUCGCAAUGUCUCACAGGAUGUGCAGACCACUGGGACAAGAGAAGCUGGAAUGGAAGCUGCUGAUGAAGGCAUUGCAGAUACAAACAAAAAGGAAACCUGUGGCACACAGACUGAUCUGAAACUGGACAGUGAUCAAAGGAAAUGGAAAGAUACAAGUCAUCGUGAGACAAACCGGAGACAAUCCCCAGUACAAAGAGUCACAGGCCAUAGCUCAGAGAGUUCCUCUUCUAACACUUCACUUCCUUUGUUGCUAGACCAGUUUGGUCCUCGACUAACUGAAUACGAGGAACGCUCAACUAUUGAGGACUUUGGAGCAGAAGGAGCGCUUAUUCGCCGUGAGGUUACAGAAAGAAAAUACAAAAUGGACCCUGCGGAAGGAAGGUCCAUUGUCAAAACUGAAAUAGGAUGAGGGCAUGAGGCAUUGUUCAUAAAGCGUAAGAAUAAGAUGUUGCCUCAAGAAUGGUACAAAUAACCUCAAGUGCAUGUGUUGAACUCCAUUUUCAAUGACUCUAACUCAAAGCAGACUCGGCAACAAUCUAAUGCAAACAUUUUCCUCUUCUCUGUUUCAGCAUGGUUCAAGAGAGAUGAUGCCAGCAUCGAAAGGAACAGUCAAGGUACGAAGAUUCCAAUGUGGCAUCUGUGGGACCAACUUCACGCUGCUCAAGAACGCCAAGAGACACUAUCGA